UUAAGAACUGAGAGAGAAAGAGAACAGAAGAGAGAGCACGUUUCAGUCUCCCAGUUUUAUUCUCUUUAUGAAACGCUUGUUUGAUUUAUGCAUUUAUUUAAAGUGAUUGGAAGUUUGGCAAUAACUUCUCCCCAGCGUUGGCUUCUCUUCCAUCAAAACUAUUACUGUAAACUAACUGGGAGCAGGGACUAACGGUGUUCGUUUGACCAUGGAGAGCGCCCUGACAGCCCGCGACCGCGUUGGGGUGCAGGAUUUUGUCCUGCUGGAGAACUUCACCAGUGAAGCAGCAUUCAUUGAAAACCUACGGAAGCGCUUCAAGGAGAACCUGAUCUACACAUACAUUGGCUCGGUUCUGGUGUCUGUUAACCCAUACAAGGAACUGGAAAUCUACAGUAAACAGAACAUGGAGCGAUACCGUGGUGUCAGCUUCUAUGAAGUUUCUCCCCACCUCUACGCUAUCGCAGACAAUUCGUAUCGCUCUCUGCGCACGGAGAGGAAGGAUCAAUGUAUUCUGAUAUCUGGAGAGAGCGGGGCUGGCAAAACAGAGGCCACCAAGAAGAUCCUGCAGUACUACGCCGUGACCUGUCCAGCCAGUCAACAGGUUGAAACAGUGAAGGACCGUCUGCUGCAAUCCAACCCUGUCCUGGAGGCCUUUGGAAAUGCGAAAACCCUUCGGAAUGAUAACUCCAGCCGAUUUGGGAAAUACAUGGAUGUGCAGUUUGAUUACAGAGGGGCUCCUGUUGGGGGUCACAUCUUGAACUACCUCCUGGAAAAGUCUCGAGUUGUGCAUCAAAAUCACGGGGAGAGGAACUUCCACAUUUUCUACCAGCUGCUGGAAGGAGGGGAAGAGGACUUGUUGCGAAGGCUGGGCCUUGAAAAGAACCCACAACAGUAUCAUUAUUUAGUAAAAGGUCACUGUGCAAGAGUCAGCUCCAUAAAUGAUAAAAACGAUUGGAAGGUUGUGCGAAGAGCUUUGUCCAUCAUAAGCUUCAAUGACAACGAGGUGGAGGAUUUGCUGAGCGUUGUAGCCAGUGUUCUGCAUCUGGGGAACGUGCAGUUUGCUGCUGACGAGCAAGGAAACGCUCAGGUCACUACAGAGAACCAGAUUAAAUACCUGGCACGGCUUCUGGCAGUUGAGGGCUCUGUUCUGCGAGAUGCACUGAUCCACAAGAAGAUCAUAGCAAAAGGGGAAGAGUUAAUCAGCCCUCUGAACCUGGAGCAGGCAGCCUAUGCAAGGGACGCACUCGCUAAAGCAAUAUAUGGACGCACUUUCUCCUGGCUGGUGAACAAAGUUAACAAAUCUCUUGCUUACAAGGAAGGAGAGUUUCCGGGCUGGAGAAGCACGACAGUUCUAGGAUUGCUUGAUAUUUAUGGGUUUGAGGUUUUCCAGCACAACAGCUUUGAGCAGUUCUGCAUUAAUUAUUGUAACGAGAAGCUGCAGCAGCUCUUCAUAGAGCUCACGUUAAAGUCAGAACAAGAGGAAUAUGAGUCCGAAGGAAUUGCGUGGGAACCGGUUCAGUAUUUCAAUAACAAAAUCAUUUGUGAUUUGGUGGAAGAGAAAUUCAAAGGCAUCAUUUCUAUUUUGGAUGAAGAAUGUCUGAGACCUGGGGAUGCCACAGAUACAACAUUCUUGGAGAAACUGGAGGAAACUGUGAAGAACCACCCUCAUUUUCUCACGCACAAACUUGCUGACCAAAAAACUCGCAAGUCGCUGGGGAGGGAGGAGUUCAGGCUUUUGCACUAUGCUGGAGAGGUCACCUACAGCGUUGCAGGUUUUCUAGAUAAAAACAAUGACCUUCUCUUUCGGAACCUGAAGGAGACCAUGUGCAACUCUGAGAAUCCCAUCAUAAAUCAGUGUUUCGACAGGACGGAGCUGACGGACAAGAAGAGACCUGAAACGGCAGCAACUCAGUUUAAAAACAGCCUCUCUAAACUCAUGGAAAUCCUGAUGUCCAAAGAACCCUCCUACAUCCGUUGCAUUAAACCUAAUGAUGCUAAGCAGGCUGAUCGAUUUGAUGAAGUUCUAGUCCGACACCAAGUGAAAUACCUGGGGCUGAUGGAGAACCUCAGAGUGCGCAGAGCUGGGUUUGCGUAUCGAAGGAAAUACGAAGUUUUCCUGCAGAGAUAUAAAUCGCUUUGUCCAGAAACGUGGCCUACGUGGGAUGGACGGCCCCAUGACGGAGUGGCUGUGCUGGUGAAACAUCUUGGCUACAAACAGGAAGAAUACAAAAUGGGACGAACAAAGAUUUUUAUCCGCUUUCCCAAGACUUUGUUUGCAACGGAAGAUGCUCUGGAAGUGAGGAAGCAGAGCCUGGCAACAAAAAUGCAGGCCACGUGGAGAGGUUUCUACCGUCGGAAGAAAUUCCUGCACAUGAAACACUCAGCAAUAACCAUCCAGUCCUGGUGGCGAGGAACCAUGGGCCGCAGAAAAGCUGCCAAGAGGAAAUGGGCAGUACAGACUAUCAGAAGGUUUAUUAAGGGCUUUAUUUACCGGAAUCACCCUCGCUGCCCAGAGAAUGAGUAUUUCCUGGAUUACAUCCGCUUCUCCUUCCUGAUGAACCUCAAACGUAACCUGCCAAAGAACGUCUUGGACAAAUCAUGGCCAACCCCUCCUCCAUCGCUCUGUGAGGCAUCCCAGCUCCUGCGCCAGUUGUGCAUGCAGAACAUGGUCUGGACCUACUGCAAGAGAAUCAGCCCAGAGUGGAAGCAGCAGUUGGAACAGAAAGUAAUUGCCAGUGAGAUUUUUAAGGGUAAAAAAGACAAUUACCCUCAGAGCGUUCCUCGACUCUUCAUCAACACGCGACUUGGUAAUGAAGAGAUAAAUGCUAAAGUCCUCCAGGCCUUAGAAAGUGAAGCAAUUAAGUAUGCAGUUCCUGUGAUCAAAUAUGACCGGAAAGGAUACAAAGCAAGAUCACGGCAGCUGCUGCUCACCCAGAACGCAGUCAUCAUUGUUGAAGACUCCAAAAUCAAACAACGGAUUGACUACGCCAAUCUGACAGGCAUCUCCGUCAGCAGCCUGAGCGACAACUUGUUUGUGCUGCACGUGCACUGUGAGGACAACAAACAGAAGGGCGACGUUGUACUUCAAAGCGACCACGUGAUAGAGACACUGACAAAGACAGCCAUGAGGGCAGACAAAGUGAAUAACAUCAACAUCAACCAGGGCAGCAUAAAAUUCACAGUCGGUCAAGGCAAGGAAGGAGUCAUCGAUUUUAUAUCAGGCUCAGAACUGCUCAUAGCCAAAGCCAAGAACGGCCAUUUAACAGUGAGCAGAGCAGCCCUACAAGAUCCCAGGCCUUCAGCUCCUCACAUCAGACUCUACAGUGACAUGUUUCCCUUCCUCCACUCAACUGAACAGGAAGAAUCAUCCUAUAGGGGCAAGCAAGAGAAACACCAACAGUGCUCUGUGCAUAGAGAUGGAAGAAAACCUGACCAAGUGGUGUGGAACAGCUCCGAGUCCUCCCAAGGCAUCCAGGCUCACCUGUAAGUCUCAACUUAUCUCACAAGGAAAACAGCUGUUAUUCCUCUCUCUCUCUCUCUUCCUCCCUGUCCCAAAUGUUCCUAUUCAAAGCAACAGAAGAAAAUUAUUCUUGCUGAAGUAAUAGAAAAGAAAGUCAUAGUAAUAUUUGGCAUUUUUAAUUUAGGUUUGUUUUAUUUAAGUUUAAUGUUAAUUCCAUGCUGUGUUUCAGUAAGAACAAUACAGAUUCUGUAUCUGUGGCUCCAGUCAGAUAUCCAGUAGUACAAAUUAGCUUCAAGUUACACAUACUGAACAAAAGAGGUUGAGCGAGCGAAGGGAGAUGGGGAGGGGGGGGCAGGGGGGGGAAGAAAAGAAAACAUAUUGAACACGCAUGCAGGCUUAUCAAUGCCACCUUCAAUGCUAACCUGCUUGGAGGAAAAGUAAAGAACAGGCAAGAAUGAGCAGCCACGGAUUGUUGAACUGUUACCAGCACCGUGUUUUUCAGCCGCAUCUCAGCAGUUUGGAAGGUUUGUUUUCCUUAUUUCUUUUUGUUAUUACGGUAACCCCGCUCCAAUAGACGUCCCAAUGCAACCUGGGACUCCAAGCUACACAUCCAAUUAAGAUUAAACAUUGGUAUAAAACUCCGUUUGAACGAUUAGAAAAAGAAAGAAAAAUGCCACCAACGCGCUACCUUGGGACAAGGAACCUCCCCUAAAUAAUAACAGCCUCCAGGUGUCACUUCCACUUCUAAUGGCCGCCACUGCGGCUGGCAGGAGACAACACAGUAAUGCUGAACGAGCCUUGAUGCAAGUCCUGUUAGUGUCUUAAGGAAACUAAAAGCUGGCACCAGUAAAAUCCACAGAAAUUCACUCUUGCCUUUAAGAACUUUUAAACUGUGUAAAAAAAUAAAC